GAAAGUAAUUUAGUCAAAUUCUAGCCAGUAUCAAGCUCGGUCAAGCAUCGUUCGUUUUGUUCUGGAGUUAGCAUGAAUCUUCAAGUGCGAGUUUUGCUUUUGGGCGCAUUUCUAGCGAAUGUCGUCAUCGGUUGGGAAUGCACUAAACCGGGCCGAUUUCCGGAUCCUGAAGAGGAUGAAGAGAGCUGCCAGCAGUACGUAACGUGUAUACCAGGACCGGAUGGAUCGUUCAGCACUCGAAACGAUGAGUGCAACCCGGGAAGUCUGUUCAGCGCCAAAUAUCAGAGGUGUAUUUCUGGGGAAUCUUGCGACACCCUGGAAGAUUUCUACUCCAUUGAGUACGAUUGCAAGGAGUGUGGAAAGUUUGUGAAUGUUAAUUCACAAGACUGUCGCCAGUUUAUCAAUUGCUUGAAAAGUAAGGAUCCUGGGGUGUAUAUACCGAUCAAGCAGAGUUGCCCCAAGAUGCAAGUAUUCUCAGCAAAAACAUCGUCAUGUGUGGAUGAGAGCGAGUACCAGUGUCCACCGAUUGUGUUGAAAUUUUUAUCCGAUUUUGUGUGCCUAGACGUUGGCAGUUUUCCCGAUGAAUCUGUUCCAAAUUGUCGGGGAUAUCGAGUAUGUUCGAAGCUUCGGAACAGUACUCUGGUAUCGAAGAACUUUUUGUGUGAGAAUGAUACCGUUUACUCGGAAAUCGAGCGCAAAUGUGUGCCACCCAGUAGUUACGACUGUCCGGACGAUGGAAUCAGUGAUUUCGAAUGUCCUGGAGUAGGGCGAUACCCGGAUAAGUUCUCGAAGACAUGCGAAACUUACUACAGCUGCGUGGAAAACUCUAAAGGCGAGCUUAAGCCAACACUUUUGACCUGUACCGGAGGCACAAUCUUCUCGGCAAUUACGUCCAAGUGUGUUGCUGCAUCGGAAUACGUCUGCCCUAGUACAUUGGCAGAAUUGGAGCUUAAAUUGGAGGAGCAUGUCGUCGGGAGUAGCGAGCCGACGAUGGCAAGAAGAGUGGCCAGUGAGGAAGAAGUCAGCAUCUGUACCGAGUCGGGACGGUUCGCAAACGAGGAGGAUGGAAAUUGCCACACUUACUAUUUGUGUUCUCGUGAUCCAAGCGGUAAUUGGUUCAAGGUGAUCGUACGUUGUCCAGCCGGAUUCGUCUUUUCUCCGGAGCGUGAACGAUGCGUUGAUAGCAAAGAGUUUGCCUGUCCAGUGAUGACGACUGUACCGAUAACAAUUACUACCACCACAGUUCCUGCUGCAACGAUGACCUCGACCGUGCCGAUUAUUGAGGAUUCCACAGCUCAGUGUUCUGGAGUUGGCCGGAUUCUCAACACCGAAGAUCCAACUUGUCGGUCGUACUACUUGUGCUCGUUCAAUUCGGACUAUGAAUUAAAGCGUGAAGUUAUCUCGUGUCCGCUGGGAUCGCUAUUCUCCAAUAAGUUUAAUAAAUGUGUCAAGGACGACGGAACGAUGCAGUGCCUGUCAGCUUCGGAUGCUGCAAUCUUUGAGGAAUCCGGCGACGGAGCAGAUUCACCAAACACAGCGGAACUCAUCAACACGACCAUUGCGACAUCGUACCAGUACCCUUGCACGGCAACUGGACGAUUCGCCGACAUUAACUCAGUUGACUGUAGAUCGUACUUCCUGUGCUCCGAGGACAAAUCCGGCUCCAUUGUUUCUGUACAUCUCAACUGUCCCAUCGGAAUGGUCUUUUCACGUAACACCAAUAAGUGUGUCAUUUCGACGAAAUAUUUAUGCUAGAUUGGGCCAUACUGCUUAUAACAACCACGAGCCCGCUUCCAAUAAUUGUAAUCCCAGAGUUAUGAAUUUGGACUUGUUAGCACUUGUAGCGGCGCGCGAAAUAAGCGCAAAGUUGUAAAUUAAUGCGCGAAGCUGACGAAAAUAAAACCCGUCAUAGCAUGGCAACGGUGAAA